AUGUCUUUUUGCAAGCGGAGUAACUUAAAAGUGUUUGUUACGGAAUGUCCUAAAGGGUUCGAUGAGCACGAUGCGAUACCAGGGCGCACCCUCAAAGACGAGCAGCCGUGUGCACAUAAUCUGGACUGCCUCUGCGAGUCAAAAAUAUCUCAGCGGCGCACCGUUCCGUGCCAGGUGCACCAAUGGCCCACCUUUCCCCCUCACCCGCCAAUCAGCGCGCCGCGCCGCAUUGCAUGCCGCCAGCUCUCGGCCGGCAGCGCGUGA